GACUACACCUGUUGUCCUGUACGCAUAACUAACUUUAAUGUCAUUAGUGAAAGAAGAACAAUCUGAGGACAAAUUCAAGUCUGAAAAAUCGAGUUCGUUUUCCACAGAUAGUUCAUCUGACACCGAAAACGAAAUUAAACAAGUUCCAGAAAUUUCCAAAAUCAAAAUGAGUGACAAAGUAACUCUAUCUGUUUUGACCAAAUUCAUCAAACCCUAUAACGGGGAUCGCGAAUCACUUCCGGCGUUUUUAACAAAUUGCGAAAACGCCAUAAGCCUAGCCAGUACAGAACAACAGAAUGUAUUAUGUAAAUAUAUUGUGUCACAAUUAGAAGGCAAAGCUCAACUAGCGUGUUGCCUAAAAACCUUCACAUCAUGGGCCGAAAUAAAAUCCUUUCUUAAAACUACAUUUGGUGAAAAGAAACAUUCCAUACAUUUACUUUUAGAACUUCAAAAAUGUAAGCAACUUAUUACUGAAUCAGUCACAGAUUAUUCGCUGCGCGUCGAGUCAUGUUUAACUAGAAUUUUAGCCGAUAUUCAAUACUCUUGUCAAGAUGCAAAACAACUGCCGGGUCGCAUAGCCGCCAUGGAAGAUCUUGCCCUUAAUACCUUCCUUCUCGGUCUAAACCCCGAUUUCUCACACAUUGUCCGAAGUCAAAACCCUUCUACCCUUAAUGAAGGAAUCAGUUACGCGAUUGAGGAAGAAAAGAUAUUUAAUCUUAACCGUAGCACUCUUAAAACACCUAAAACAUGCAACGUCUGUCGCAAACCGGGCCAUACCUCAUCUGAAUGUUUCCAUUCUAAAAAGGAACGUUAUUCCUACUACAUAAAACCUCGUCAGCAUCCCGAUUCUUUCAACAGGCCCCCUACAAACUCAGAUUAUCCUCCAAAUCAAUUCCCAAAUAAACCAAAGGUCUGUGCCUAUUGUAAAAAUGUAGGACAUACAAUAAAUGAGUGUCGCAAGAGACAAUACAUUAAUAAUAUGCGCCUUAACGGCGGCGGCGCUUCAAAUUUCGCGUCAGCAGCUAAUGCCGGUGCUCAAAGUUCAAACACACCGGGUAACCAGGUCAAUACGCAUUAUUGCGAAGUGCAAUUAGAAACUAAUUAUGAUGAUCAUUUAAACUAAAUAAGAUCCCGGUCGCGUGUCUGCCGAGAUCACCUUCAUUAAAGGACACGACCACUGUCUCUCGCUGUUUCCCAAAUUUGUAUACCAAUCUCACAUCUCCUGAAAAUCGGAGUCUUACUAUUCCUUAUUCAUCUCAACCACAUAGAAUGCAGUUGAGUCUUACUAAACCCAAUACCAAGCCUACAUCUCCACAAACUCGGAGUCCUACUAUUCCUUAUUCAUCUCAACCACAUAGAAUGCAGUUGAGUCAUACUAAAUCCAAUACCAAGCCUACAUCUCCACAAAUUCGGAGUCCUACUAUUCCUUAUUCAUCUCAACCACAUAGAAUGCAGUUGAGUCUUACUAAAUCCAAUACCAAGCCUACAUCUCCACAAAUUCGGAGUCCUACUAUUCCUUAUUCAUCUCAACCACAUAGAAUGCAGUUGAGUCUUACUAAAUCCAAUACCAAGCCUACAUCUCCACAAAUUCGGAGUCCUACUAUUCCUUAUUCAUCUCAAC